CCCUCGAAAACGUUUGUACAGGUGCAGUGCAUCACACCGCGAAGGUGUUUCCAACGGGCCCGAUAUAUAUAGGAGAUUAAAUCAAUACCCCUCUAUCGCUAUCUGUGUUGCCUUGCUGGAGUGGAGGAAUUAUCGAUUGAUAACGUCUAAAGCCGACAGUUAGCCGAAUCGUAAUGCGACAGAUCGGAAUGGAGAUCGAAGACCCACUCAAGCGGAUACAGGAGGAGAUCAACGAGGUGACACGCCGAGAACAGGAACUACGCGAAGGUCACCGGACAGGUUCCGGCGAUCGUAACGGACUCGACCUGAACGAUGACAACCUUUCGACGGGCAAUUCGGACGAUUCGGGACUCUCGCUAUCGCCUACACCAGUCCACUCGCCCUCGGUGUCCAACCUGAAGGACAAAAUCGAGCAGAAUGGCAAAGAAACUCAUCAGCGGCGCGAAGAAGAGCAACAGCGCCGGGCAUUCAUUUUACCGAGCCCGAAAGCACUAACACGGGCCCGUUCCACGCCGCAACUGUUCCACACUGCGACGCCCCCAAGACGCUUUAAUCCGAACCCGAAUCAGCGUGGCAUCAUGCAGAAGUUUAUCGCUUCACGCGGACGGAUCAGCAAGCUGGCGGCGAACGGUGCCCCAUCCGGUCCGGCCGCAAACGUGCCACAGAUGAUGACAACCGCAGCCAGCACGAAAGCAGAUCCAAUCGUGCCCUCGGUCGAUCUGAACCGCUCACACUUGAUGAUUCUCCCAACGGCCAUUUCCACACCACCGGCCAUCGAACGCGACUCCAACGGCAAACCUAUUCGACGUGGUUAUGUUCCGGUCGAGGAGAAGAUUCAACGCGAACUGCGCGAUCUUAAGACGCGUGAAUGCGAGCUGAAACGAAUUCGCAAGCUCAACCGCAACGCUUCUCAGUCAGAUCUGUUAGACAUGAAUUACGAUGCUUUCGAAUCGAGCGAAGAACUGUCGGACGAAGAUAACACGGACGAACCGAUCUAUCCUAUGGCGAGAAAGCUUCGAUCGACCAAAUCAAUCAGCGAACUCUGUGACGCUCUGACCAACUCUAGUCUUUCGCCGAGGGAAACUCCUUCACCACUGUUCGAAAGCCGCACACGACUGGGGAACGGAUGUGGAGGAGGAAUGCGGCCAGCAAUGUCCCUGGCGCAGCUGUGCGAUCUCGACCCACAGGAGGCACCUUCGUCGCAUAAGCUGAUUGCCCAAUGGGAAAGUCUUAUCCAGCAGAAACAGCAACGAUAGAGAGUGC